AUGGACGAAGCGUCACAUCUCCCAAAUGGGAGCUUGAAAAACAUGGAGUUCACGCCUGUAGGAUUUAUCAAAUCUAAACGAAACUCGACGCAGACACAUAUUGUAUCACCCACUAAGGUGCCAAACGCAAAUGAUAGUGACGAAAACGAAGGACCUGUCAGGAAAAAGCAGAGAAGAAGUAUUGAUGAUACCAUUGACUCCACGAGACUGUUUAGUGAAACCUCACAAUUCGAUGACAGCUUUCCAGAAAUUAAGGCUAACAUUCCGCCCAGUCCAAGGUCAGGUAAUGUUGAUAAAAGCCGCAAGAGAAACCUGAUUGAUGAUUUGAAGAAAGAUGUGCCAAUGUCUCAGCCUUUGAAAGAACAAGAAGUGAGAGAACACCAAAUGAAGAAAGAGCGGUUUGAGCGUGCGCUAGAGAGUAAAUUACUGGGGAAAAGACACAUAACAUAUGCACAUUCUGAACUUUCUAAUAAAGAACUCUACAUUAAUGAAAUCAAAAGUUUGAAGCACGAAAUUAAAGAACUAAGGAAGGAAAAAAACGAUACUCUCAAUAAUUAUGACACUCUUGAAGAAGAAACGGAUGACUUAAAGAACAGAUUACAAGAGCUAGAAAAAGAACUAGACGCCAAAAACAAAAUUGUGAAUUCAAGAAAAGUAGAAGAUCACUCUGGAUGCAUAGAAGAACGUGAACAAAUAGAAAGAAAAUUAGCUGAAUCAGAUAGAAAACUGAAAGCAGCGAAAGACCAAGUGCAAGAAUUAGAAAAUAAUAGAGACGUACAAGAAUUACAAUUGAAAUCCAAGGAAGAUGAGUUGAAAAAAUUAAUAAACGAGUUAAACGAGUUGAAAAGCAAUGCAGAGGAAAAAGAUACGCAGUUUGAACUCAAGAAAAAUGAACUGAGGAAACGAACAAACGAAUUAAAUGAGUUGAAAAUUAAGUCUGAUGAGACGGAUUCACAAUUAAAGCAAAAGCAAAAUGAAUUAAGAAGGCUAAAAAAUGAAUUAAAUGAGCUCGAAAACAACUUCAGUGAAAAUGGUUCACAAUCAUUUGCAAAAGAGAACGAAUUGAAAGAGUCCAAAAAAAAAAUAGCUGAGCUAGAGGAAGAGAUAAACGCAAAAAGUUCACAGUUGACCGCAAAAGAAAGUAAACUAGCUUCAUUAAUGGCUCAACUAACUCAACUAGAGAAUAAACUUAAUCAAAAAGACUCACAGUUAGGCUCAAGGGAAGAAGAAUUAAAAACUCUCAACGAUAAGUUACAAAGAGAUAUUAGAAUAGCAAGAGAGGAAACUUCCUCGAGAGACGAACGAAUAACUGACUUACAAAAAAAGGUCAAAAGGUUAGAAAAUGACUUAUUUGUGAUAAAAAAAACGCACAGUGAAUCUAAAUCUAUUACUAAUGAUGAACUAGACUCUAAAGGUAAACUUAUUAAAACUUUGGAAAAGGAUUUAAAGAUUGCACAAGAGAAAUACUCUAAGAUAGAAAAAGAAUUUAAAGAAAGGGAAUCCAACUAUAAAAAUUCCGAAUCAAAGAUGGGAGAUGAAAAUACCAAACUGAAUGAAAAAAUUUCUAACUUGGUCGCAGAAAACUCACAGCUAAAAAGUAAAUUAGAUGAGGAGUCGACGGUAACUUACCAUAUGAAAGAAACUUAUGAGGAACAGUUAGACUUGUUAAGGAAAGAAGUCGAAGAGUACAAGGAAAAUACAAAGGAUUCUGAAGACAAAGUUGAGGAACUAAAAAUUAGAAUUGCGGAAAAUUCUGCCAAAGUAUCCGAAAAAAGAUCAAAAGAUAUAAAAGAAAAAGAGGAACAGAUCAACGAACUCGCUCACAACCUAAAACUUCAAGAAGAUGAAAUAAGUUCAUUAAAAACCAUAAUUAAUAGGUACAAAAGAGAUUUCAAUCAAUUGAAAUCUGAACAGGGUAAUAUUCAACGUGACUUAAAUUUACAAAUACUAAAUCUAGAAAACAAAUUGAUAGAGAGUGAGGAUGAAUUAAGAUCUCUAAGAGACUCCCAAAGAAUUGAGAUAGAAAACUGGAAAAGAAAAUAUAACAAUCUCUCUCUGGAAAAUGACAGAUUGUUGACAGAAAAAGGAUCUGCAUCAGAUAAAGAACAUGAAGUAUCUCUCUUGAACAGAAAGAUUGAUGAAUUAGAUAAAGAAAAAUGGAACUUACAGGAGUCUAAAGAAAAAUAUAAGCGCGAACUACAGAAGGUAAUUGCUGCUAAUGAUCGUUUGAGAAGAGAAAAAGAAGAACUAAAUGAGAACAGCAAUAAUAUUCGUAUCAUGGAAGAUAAAAUGGCCAGGAUAAAAAAGAGUUAUUUGAGUGAAAUCACUUCUUUACAAGAGGAAAACAGGAGACUUGAAGAACGCCUUAUAUUAAACGAGAGACGCAAAGAUGAUGAUUCAACCAUGCAAUUAAAUGACGUCAUAAGUUAUUAUAAAUUGAAGUAUCAUUCAGAAGUAAGACACAACAACGACCUAAAAGUGAUCAAUGAUUAUUUAAACAAGGUUCUUGCUUUGGGUACCCGCCGUUUAAGAUUGGACACGAGGAAAGGUGAGCAUAGUUUAAACAUUUCACUUCCAGAGGAUGACGAAUUAGACCGUGACUACUAUAAUAGUCAUAUUUAUACAAGGUAUCAUGACUAUGAUUAUCCGCUUAGAUUCAACUUGAAUAGAAGAGGCCCAUAUUUCGAGCGCCGCUUAAGCUUCAAAACAGUUGCUCUUUUAGUACUUGCUUGUGUGAGGAUGAAAAGAAUUGCUUUUUACAGAAGAUCAGACGAUACUAGAUUGCGAAUACUAAGAGAUAGAAUUGAUAGCAAUAGUGGGCGUAUAUCUUGGUAG